UGUUACUAUCAGGUGGAGUGGUGUACAGAAGAAAAAGGCAUUUCACCAUCCCACUCCUCAUUUCACUGGCUAUCAGCUCCAAGGAAGUUCCAUUAUUUCUGGUACCAUCAGAGAAAGACGCCAUUACCAGCAGUUCCAGGACACCUAACCAAAGGCUGGUGUCAAGACUGUGCUAAUGACCUCCAGGUCUUAAGUCUCUUGUUGCCUGGUGACAAAGUUUCACAGUUGAGGAGGAGAAGCUGGGACUAGCAGGGGAGGGAUGAGCUAUAAGGAUGGGGCUUGACCUGGACUAGGAAGAAAGUUUCCCACAGGAUCUAGCUCAGCUCCUGCCAGCAUCUGCAGAACAUGAUGAGUCAGGAGCUUCCUGGGUGGCCAAGAGAGCCACUGGCGGCCAAGAGAGCCAUCUGACAUUGUAAAGCCAAGCUUGUACGGAAAAGCCAGAUGGCAGCUAAGUCCUUGGGAAAGGGCACCAGAGAGAUGCUGGCUCCAGUCGAGGCAUGCGCCUUUGACUAGGCCCUGGGCGUUUCAUCUGUGAAGUGGAGUGACUGGAUUAAAUGAGAUGAUGCACAUGAGCUUCACGAGAAACACAAAGGUACAUAGUACAACUCCAGUAGGAAUUGCUGGACAGAUGACUGAAUGAGGAGACUGAACUGUAGCCAGCUCUAGAGAUUAAAACAGUUUUUCAUGAUUUUUCCUCACACUGAUCACUAUCCAAUCAGAACAACAAACUUCUAACACUCCCUCACUAAAAGAACAUGGUUAAGGGUGAGAAAGGCCCCAAGGGCAAGAAGAUCAACCUCAAGGUGGCCAAGAAUUGCAUCAAAAUCACUUUUGAUGGGAAAAAGCGCCUUGACUUGAGCAAGAUGGGAAUUACCACCUUCCCCAAGUGUAUUCUGCACCUUAGUGACGUGGACGAGCUGGACCUUAGCCGGAAUCUGAUCAGGAAGAUCCCUGACUCCAUCUCCAAGUUCCAGAACCUCCGGUGGCUGGACCUGCACAGCAACUACAUAGACAAGCUGCCUCAGUCCAUUGGCCAGAUGACCAGCCUGCUCUACCUCAACGUCAGCAACAACCGGCUGACCAGCAACGGGCUGCCCGUGGAGCUGAAGCAACUCAAGAACAUCCGCACUGUGAACCUAGGCUUGAACCACCUGGACAGUGUGCCCACCACGCUGGGGGCCCUGAAGGAGCUCCACGAGGUAGGGCUCCAUGACAACCUACUGAACAACAUCCCCGUGAGCAUGUCCAAGCUCCCCAAGCUGAAAAAGCUCAACAUAAAGCGGAACCCCUUUCCAAAGCCAAGUGAGUCAGAAAUGUUCAUAGACUCCAUCAGGAGGCUGGAGAACUUGUAUGUUGUGGAGGAGAAGGAUCUGUGUGCGGCUUGCCUGAGAAAAUGCCAAAACGCCCGGGACAACCUGAAUAGAAUCAAGAACAUGGCCACGACAACACCGAGAAAGACCAUCUUUCCCAAUCUGAUCUCACCCAAUUCCAUGGCCAAGGACUCCUGGGAAGACUGGAGGUGACUUGGAACCUGACCCUGAGGCAGAAGGGAAAGAGAGAGGGCGGGAAGAGGGCAGUGGGCUACAUCCACAGGAAACCAAGGGCUCCCCCGUGGCUGCAGCAGCUCUUUCAGCCAAGCCCAUAAAACUCCUUUCCUUAC